UAGAGAUAAUACGGGAGCAGCAAACGGAGACAACGUCAUCCAGGAAUUCCGGCGCCCGAAUGUCUUGGAAUCCCACAAGAUGUGGAUUGUCGAUCCUAUCGUGGAAACAAUGAUAAAAAUACAUUGCUAGGCAGGAACCAGCAUUGAUGAAUCAGAAAAGCUAUGAUAUAAGUGGUCGUCUCGGCCUUUCCCCUAACUUCUGGGCUCACCUUUCCCCCCACCUCUAAGAAAAUGAAAAUGAAAAUGAACUCCCCACUACCAAUUAAAAUAGCACAAUCAAAGCAGAAUUUGUGCCAUUAAGGUGAAAGAGAACAAGUGAUAAUCCCCGAGAACUACUAGUUGUGAGAGUGGCACGAAAAAAAUAAAAAACGAGAAGGUAUGAAAGGCUUUUGUCAUGGUAUCUUUAGUAUAUCACUGCAUCCUCCCCAGCUUCCUCAACACUCACAUCCCCAAGAUCAACAUCGGAAGCAUUUCUCUGAUGUUGUUCUUCAGCAGGAGCAUUGUCAAGGUUAGUGGCAGGAUCCUCGGGCGCUUCAUAUACCAUGUCUUCAUCUUCGUGAGUCCUGUCUUCAGCGAGCUCUAGAGCGUCAUAACGAUCAGUUGCUACGUCCGGUUCUUGGAUGUUAGCCGUUCCUGAAUUCUGGUCAUCUUCUCCAAGGGUCUCGCGCUUUUGCUGAAAUUCACGCUGCUCUCUAUCGAUGAUGUCCUGGGCCGCGAGUACCUGCAGUUUGAUGCGUUCUUCCUCUUCGGGGGUGAGCUUCCAUGGGAGGUAAAACUAGGACUGUUAGACCAGAACGAAACGCGCGUAUCCAACUUUUCCCUUUUUUUUUUUUGAGGAUCCAUACCAACUUCGGAGACGACUUUGUGCUCAAGGUGUGUGCCUGGUUGAGUAAAUUAUCAUGGCGAAUCUGCAUCUAUAAUUCCUGGCCAUCAGUCCCCACCCGUCCCAGCGAACCUCACCAGCCCCGAAAUGUCAGAACGGAGAUUUCCUACAGCGCGUUCAUCGAAUUGCCUCUGCUCCACCAUCUUGCGGUGGUUAAUGCCCUCAUCCUCUCGCUUAAGCUUCUCAUCAAUCUCCUCUGUCUGGGCCUUGAGUUUCUCCUGAAGUUUUGCUUCUACUUCUCUACGUUUGACUGCAUUGUUCCUAGCCCUAGCCGAAGAGUUGUCUGCUUGAAAUUUCCCGAUCGUACCUAAUAGUGCUCCGAACAAGCGUCUCCCACGACGUUUUUCUUCAUCUUUGCUUGUAUCCUUAACGGUUGGCUUCUCCGGCGCUAAGUUUGCCUCUAUCCGAGCACGUUUGGCAGCCUCGGGGGAAGAUGAUUGGCGACGUUUGUGACGGGGGGACUCGUCGGAGGGAACCACGACGGCCGAUGCAAUAGUCCUGCAAAUGAUCUGAUUAGCAAGAGGUCUUGCAAACAUGUUUGUCGAGGGGAGGCUGCUCACUUGUAUUCCUCAUCCAUCGCUGUGUUGAUUGUGGAGAUGCUGUCGGAAAGAAGCAAGCCCAAGUCAACCCAAACCAAAAAUCCCGAGUCUGGAGGCUGCCAAGACUAUGAAUUCUCGGUUAAACCUGCCAACCCACUGUAUUACUAACACUGGACUACUUUACCUGCAGGUAGAAGAAAGGCCAAGCAUCAACACCAUCCAAAACUUCAACAUCAACAAUCUACAGCCUAAACUAUGUCUCGCCACCACCCGUAUGCACCCCCUUUCACCCCCAGAUAAUUGCUCAAGGUUGUUUAAUUCUUAAUAGUGAUUUAGUAAUGUGCCGCAAGCAAGCCGGAAUCGCAAUCGGCAGACUCUGCGACAAAUGCGACGGCAAAUGUCCUGUAUGUGAUUCAUACGUUCGUCCCACAACGCUGGUGCGCAUCUGCGAUGAGUGCUCUUUCGGAAACUACCAGAACAAGUGCGUUGUCUGCGGUGGGGAAGGGAUCUCGGAUGCAUUCUAUUGCUUCGAAUGCACGCGGCUAGAAAAAGAUCGAGACGGUUGUCCAAAGAUUAUCAAUCUAGGCAGCUCGAGAACAGAUCUGUUUUGUGAGUUCUUCAAUACCUACCAUGGGGUGGAGACCAAGGACUAAUAUAUCUAUAGAUCAAAAAAAGAAUUUUCGGAAUCAUUAGCGACGGCGUGGUCUUUUUCAUCACGUCUUAACUCCAGGACCAGCCUGAGGGAUUAGCGUGAUCUCCAGAAUCCCCAUUUAAGUGCUUUCAGGUGUCAUAUUAUUGUCAUGUAUCAUUACCGGUAUCAUUUGGCGUACAGACUCGGGUUUACCAUAAACGAGCAUAGGCGAAAGGGGGCGAUCGGGAACAUAAUGAGAAAUGAGAAAAAUCCCAAUCACAAGUACCUUUUUGCCGAACGAGGGGAGGCAAAAGAGAGCCGCAUGGAACUUUAUGAUCUUCCCGCGCAGUAGCUAAGCACUCUAAUUCAACUGAAAACCCCGGAACUCCCAUCCCCUAUUUUUUUCCCAUUUCCAAUACUAUCACAAUCCUCCCUGCAUCGAAAAUGAAGAGAGCAGCAAAACCAGAAGGUUUAUUACCGACCAAACAAAAGGUAUCCAAGUGCUCAUUCGAAAAUACCCGGCUCGGUAAACCGCGCCGAGUCUAAACCCCAUGUGUUGAUCAGUAUCCCACAGAAUCAAAACCAACACUGUCUUGAACAGACUCACAUAGACCCAACAAUGCUCCCAGCAAUCGUAGCUUCAAUCCCUCCAACAACAGCAUAGAAUAAUGGCACCCCGAUUGAGAGCUUACUCGGCCUCAUCGCGAAAGCCCAAACCCCUGCCGAAAGGUGGAAAGCCGCAUACACUAUCAACGUCCAAUAAAGCGUGAAUUUCCAUAUGUCGCGGGGCAUGUAAAGGUACGCUGCCUCUCCCGGGUCCGGAUUUAUCGGCCAGUAGAGAGAUGGGAAAGAGGGGGGGAUAUGUCCCGGGGGGGUUAUCGAGUCGGUGGUUGGGUUAUAUCUGUGAACAAGCAGACAAGUUAGCACCAGAUUUAUUCAAACGAAAAGGGAGGGGAGUUUACAUCGGAGGGCUCAUUGUCGCCCUUGUUUUAUCGUUAAAGGUUUUAUACGAUGCUAUAUCAUGCCGCCGUUAGCCGUUUGUUGGGCAGAUAGAGUAUUCCACAGCGAAAUCAAAGCAUUGUGCGGGAAGUGACACCUCGAAAUGAGAGUUCGAUGCCGAACUGACAGUGAACCUGUGAGUUGCCUCGGCCAAAAAAUGUCUUGGCUGGACGUCGGCACCAAAGAGGAUCGCGAACGCCCACCAAGCUCCUCCAAAAUUUCCCGCCAAGGAGUCUACUCCCGACCCUCAAACUCAGCAAUGGUAGUCGACCGCCGUUUAGACAACAUACUCCGAAUUCUACUCCAGCCAGGAGCGGCGGAUCCGAACAAUGCAGACGCAUCCAGGUACGAUCCUUCACCGCGUUCACCCUUCUUCAUGGGCAAUAACUAAACCCUUACUCCAGUGUUUACGCCUCGGCCGCAACGGUUCUCGCGACGCUAACAAACCCACUAAAUGUCUCCUUACUAUCAACCCAAAUCUUGGUCUCCCCUGCGAUAUGGGAGGAGAAUUUCGACGGGCUCAAAGCCGGACUGCGUGUUUUUGGAGUCUUCCAAAGCGCCACGGUUGGAAAGUUCGAGUCACAAGGGUCUAUUCUGAGCGUUGAGGAAUGGAUCAGUGCUCUCGUUAGAGGGGCUAAUAAUAACGGUAUACCAGGCCCCUGUGAAUGGUCGCAGGGCAAGAGGGUCGGGCUAAUGGGGUCGUAUUAGUGCCUCGGUGGAAACAUUUGUUGCUUCUCGGGGGUGUACUUUCGGCGGAUCAGGAACGGUCGCAGCUGCCCAGGGUUACCCGCACAAGUCUCGAGCAAGCGUUUUGCAGAGCGGUGAACCUAUCGGUGGAGAGCAACGCUCGUCAUGGUAGCCGCUUUGUCCCAUCUAGAAAAUGCGUAGCUAACCCGCGGACAUUCAGAGCUUGAGGCAGACGUUCUUAGUCUUGUUCUGUCGCAUGCUAUUCAAUGUCUUUCAAGGAGAGCAAAAGAGGCUAUCCAUUACGAUGUAUGCUCCCGCUCCAUAGCCCUCAAUACCAUUCUAAUAGGACAGGCUCUGUUACCCGUGAUUGUAAAAUCUAUGUAUAAUUCUCGCGAAGGGUUUCAAUCAGGUUAUUUCCUUUCAACAAUCGAUCACGAUAUAAUGACCGUCGAGGGAAAGCUUGUCUGGCCCGUGAGUUGUACCCUAACGUUGAUCGUGCUACUAGCACUAAUCUAUUGUUAGAGUAAAUCGAACUCCUUCCUGGAGCUUCAACAGAGGACUGGAAGGCCUAUGUUUGUGGCCAUGAGCGGGCUCGCCCGACUAGCUGCGGCCUCUAUCAGGCAUUCGCGGGACCCAAUGGCCCUACAUCAGUUUGUUGAUAGGUAUGUAUGAACCUACCUGCUAGGUUGACCCAUCACUAACUAUUACCAGCCUCUGGGGCUUCUCUCAAGUCCUGAGCGCGCAAUGGAAAAUGAACGGAUUGAGCGAGGUACCAAUGUCGGAAGAGAAAACCCGGGUGGAUGAGGAAUCAUUGAAAGCAACUCUUCCCGUUGUCUGGCAGAUAUUAAAGGCCAUCCUCUUCGGAUCGACAAUGAUUCUCCAGGAGCUUACAGCACGAAUUGCCGAAUCCUCACUACUCUCCGGACCAGAUCGUAAGUUCAUGCAUACCCGACCUCCGGGUGAUACCUACUAACUUCCUAGAUGGCCCAACCUUCUCCUCCAAAGUCCUCCUAAUCCUCCGAAACUUCUACUUUAUAACCUCCCGCCUAGCCCCUAACGCCUUCUCUAGCUACAACUUUGUCUACCUCGCAGCAAUCGAUAUCCUAACAACCUACCCAACACUCUCCGAAAAAUUAAUCACAGACAUCGCUCCAGCACAGGCCGGUACCAUCCCUCCCACGCUUCCCGAACGCCUCUUCGACCUCUACUUCCUAAACACAGUAGAACACUUCACCUACUCCCUCCCACAGAAGGUAAAUGAGGAAACAAUCCUCCCAUGCACGUCUGCAUACCUCCUCCCUUCUCCUGACGCUUCAUUGCAUGCACACUUUGAAUCGGCGCAUUCCGUCAUGUUAUCUAUUAUUAGCGCCCCAAAGUCUGCGGAUCUCGGAGCACGGAUAUUACCCUUCUACGUUGAUACCGUAUUCAAGGCUUUUCCAGCAUGUCUUUCAGCAAGGCAAUUCCGCCUCGCUUUUGGCACACUGAUACGAGAAUGCUCACCACCACAGGAAAUCUCAUCACUACAGCCCCAUCUAGCAGAAGUAAUCGUGGAAAUCCUAGCUGAGCGCGCAAAGGUCGCCUCGACAGAGCCGUUAGGCAACAAAGUCGAUGAGGGCGCGGUGGGGCUCAGUGAAAAGGAUGUGUGCGUUUUAGCAUUGAUAGACGGGUUGCCGGCCAUGGAGGUCGGGACUAUGGAACGGUGGCUAGACCCCACGGCGGGUCUGCUGAAUAGCGUAGGGAACGAGGGGAGCAAAGGGAGGAUACGGGAGCGAUUUUGGGAUGUGCUGAGCGGAGAGUUGGAUGUUGAGAGGGCUGAAGUUGCGGCUAGGUGGUGGACAAGCGCCGGCGGCAGGGAUAAGGUUUUGUUAAGGCUGGGGAAGGGGGAAGGUGCUAAGGGUAUUAGAUCCAUGUUGUAGGUGCACGGCUGCCGCUUUUUCCCCCACAGCACGGUGGCCACCUUCGGUUUGGUUUGGUUUAGGUUGAUUCGGGUGAGGCCUUGGUAGUUUAGAACACGGACUUUGUGUCGAUGUCCGUGUCAUACCUUAAUUUAUGUGAUUCCUAAUUUACUACAAUACUAGAUUAUCAUUAUCAUGA